CAUUUGAAGGAUGUGACUAAUCAGACUGAUGACCUCCUCAAAAUUUUCAGGCUUUAUAAAGGCUACUGGUCCUAAACUUUUCAUUUCAAUUUCCCUAUUUGCUCAAAGCUUCUCAGUGUUUCUCAUCACCAAAAUGGCUCAGAAGGUGGUCCUCAAAGUUCUAACUAUGACUGAUGACAAGACCAAGCAAAAGGCCAUAGAAGCUGCUGCAGAUAUCUAUGGAGUUGAUUCAAUCGCGGCGGAUCUAAAGGAUCAGAAGCUGACAGUGGUAGGACAGAUGGAUGCAGUGGCAGUGGUGAAGAAGCUGAAGAAAGUAGGCAAAGUGGACAUAAUAUCAGUUGGACCUGCCAAAGAAGAGAAGAAAGAAGAAAAGAAAGAGGAAAAGAAGGAGGAGAAAAAGGAGGAGAAGAAAGAAGAGAAGAAAGAGGAAAAGAAGGAAGAAAAGAAGGAAGAGAAGAAGGAAGAGAAGAAAUGAAAAAGCCAUCUCAGCAAGCAAACCAUGCUUACUUCUCCUUCUCCUUUGUAUGUUUUUGUAGAAAUAAGCUUUUGAAAAUUUGCAGAAGGUAUAAUAGCGUGAAGUGCCUGUCUGCAAAAUCUAAUUCAAGCACAAUGAGCAAUGUGAAAGGGGUUUUGGUUUGGUUGAGGUACCAUCUUGGCACAAGAAUAAUUAGACGGUUGAUUGUUAGAUAGAUAAUGUAAUUCCAGCUUCAAAGCAAGAUUACUUUACGCA